AUGCCUCGGCUUGCAUCACCAUUAAUGGCCGAUAGUCUGAGGCUUUUGGCAUUUUUCAGAUCCAUUUGCCAAGGGUACCCUCUAGCUCUUGCUUUAUAUGCUCUUGCAGCGAAAGGGCUUAGCUACUUACUUGCUAAUCCUAUCGCUGUUGGGCAUGUUCGUGUGGGUAUUGAGGAAGCCAAAACUCUUGUCGCUAAACUUCUAGAUAUGGAAAGUAAAUCUGUUAAGGUGGUGGUUAUUUAUGGACAAGGUAGGAUAGGGAAGACAACUUUAGCUACCGCAGUUUUCAGUAAUCUAGACUUUAAAAAUUACAAAUAUUCUAGAUUUGAUAUGGAACAGAAUUGUUCAGAUGCUAAUCUUAAGUUGCUGCAACAACAAAUUUUAGAAGACCUUUAUGACCAUAAAAUUCAGUUGAGGAGUUUGAAUGAAGGUCGGGAACAAUUGUCCAAGGAUUUUAAAGAGCACUCCUUUAAACCCGUCUUCAUUUUUGUUGACAACGCACUCAAGCAAAGUGACCUAGAAAAGCUUUUGCCUAUAAAUGACCUAGCAUCCCUUCCGGCACAAAGCAGGAUUCUUAUAACCACCAGAAAUCUAAAUGAGACUCGUAUAAUUUUACAGGAAGGAAUUGAGCGAUGUCAUUAUCUAGUAGCUUCUCUUCCACAAGAAGAGGCAUGGAAACUCUUGUGUGAGUUGGCUUUAGGCAGUGCCCAAGCAAGUUUUGACCCAAUUGUAGAUAUUAAUGGCCUCCUUCAAAUAUGCCAGGGAAUUCCACUAGUACUAAAAAUGGCAGGAGCAAGAUUACCUGAGCAUGCUCAAAGCAUGCCAACUUGUAGAGAUGUAGUUGAAAGUCUUAAGUCAGAGCUACUACAAGGAGAGCGGGAUGACUUAAGUGAGCAUAUGGUGGAUUUUGUAUAUAACCGCUUGAAAGCCUCCUGUAAAGAGGCAUUUCUUGAUAUUGUGUUCUUCUUUUGUAAUUGGAAGCGGCAGAGAGUGGCAUGUAGUGUUGGAGUGACAGAGUUUGAAGAGCUUGAAAGGGCUGCACUUGUAAAUAUAGUGAAAGACAUGGUGCAUGUUCAUGAUAUAGUGAAAGCACGAGGGAGAAUGUUGUCACCAGAUGGGGAAAGAAUUAUUGAUCUACAAUCUCUCACGGAAGUUCUCAAAGAUGUAGAGAGGAUAAAGAAUACAAAGGGGUUUGCUCUUCAGUUGAAAUCAUUUGAGCUAGAAGCAAAACAUCUCAACUUGAUGAAGAAAUGUUUUAAGGGUUUUGAUCUUGACAAAAUCUACAAGAAUAGUAAAUGGAGAAUGUAA